AUGAUUUAUCAGGUAAAUAGUAUUUUUCGUAAGCCUCAUGCAUUAAGACACUUAAUUCGCUACUUGCACAGCGAACAACCUUCCAGCGUUUUAUAUCCCCUGCCAAAAAGGAAGAUAUUAAAAGUGGCAGGCGAUGAUGCAAGCCGAUUCCUGCACGGCCUCAUCACCAACGACAUGGAACACUUGUCUGGCGCGACGUCUAUGUAUGCUAUGUUUUUGAACAACAAAGGCAGAGUAUUGUUUGAUACUCUGAUAUACAAGUGGCAAAACCAGCACUCGUUUAUGCUCGAGUGCGAUGAAAACGUUCUCGCGCAGCUCAAAAAACACCUCAAGAUCUACAAGCUUAGAAGUGCUGUUCAAAUAGAAGAUUUAAGUCAAGAUCUCAGAGUUUGGGCAUUAUUGCCAUCACCCGACCUAAUCCCAGAUUGCAAGUCAUUCACUGAAAACCAAAUUAAUAUUUACAAAGAUCCGCGUCUAGCAGACUUAGGAUACAGAGUUGUAUCCACAGCAUUACUAAAUGGAAGUCAAGUAGCAAAGCAAAUCAAUGAGAAUAUAGAAGUUGAGAGCUCAGAGGAAGGUUACCAAUACUUGCGAUAUAAAUUAGGAGUGAGUGAAGGGUGUCAUGACCUUCCGCCGGGCACUUGUUUCCCCCUGGAAGCCAACUGUGACUAUUUACAUGGAGUUAGUUUCCACAAGGGCUGUUACAUAGGGCAGGAACUCACUGCCCGAGUUCAUCACACAGGAGUAGUUCGGAAGAGAAUAAUGCCACUAAAAAUUACUAACCUAGGAAAUGAUGAAAUAGAAACAAAUACUAUUAUAAGAGCUGAAGGCAAACCUACAUCAAAUUUAGGCAAAUUUAAGAGUUAUAUUAAAGAUUAUGGUUUAGGGUUGGUGAGAAUCAAAGAAGCACUAGAUGCUAAAGUACUAAUAGUAGACAAGAGUACCAUGGAAGCUUUCAAACCUGCCUGGUGGCCUGUUGAAGCACCUAAAGAAAAAGCUACAACUUUGAAAACUGAAGAAUAAUUUAAUGUUCUAUAUAUAUUUUAUUUCAAGAUGAAAGAUGUUGUAAAUGGGAAAUAAAAAAUUAAAAACUUGUUGCAGAAAACUAUGGGAGACUCCAAAC